AGCUAGGAGUUACUCCCUUUUCCCCAGCAAGAUGGCGGAGUACGAUCUUACUACUCGUAUCGCGCACUUUUUGGACCGCCAUCUGGUCUUCCCGUUGCUCGAGUUUCUCUCAGUCAAGGAGAUAUAUAAUGAAAAGGAAUUACUUCAGGGAAAAUUGGACCUUCUUAGUGACACAAACAUGGUGGACUUUGCCAUGGAUGUGUAUAAAAACCUUUAUUCUGAUGACAUUCCUCAUGCUUUGCGUGAAAAAAGAACUACUGUUGUUGCACAACUAAAACAGCUGCAGGCAGAAACUGAACCAAUUGUCAAGAUGUUUGAAGAUCCAGAAACAACAAGGCAAAUGCAGUCUACCAGGGAUGGUCGGAUGCUGUUUGACUACUUGGCUGAUAAACAUGGUUUCAGACAAGAAUAUUUAGAUACACUCUAUAGAUAUGCAAAAUUCCAAUAUGAAUGUGGCAACUAUUCAGGAGCAGCAGAGUAUCUCUACUUUUUUAGAGUGUUGGUCCCCUCAACUGAUAGAAAUGCUUUGAGUUCACUGUGGGGAAAACUAGCAUCUGAAAUUUUAAUGCAGAAUUGGGAUGCAGCCAUGGAAGACCUCACAAGAUUGAAAGAGACCAUAGAUAAUAAUUCUGUCAGUUCUCCACUCCAAUCCCUUCAGCAGAGAACAUGGCUGAUUCAUUGGUCUCUAUUUGUAUUCUUCAACCACCCAAAAGGUCGAGACAACAUUAUUGAUCUCUUUCUUUACCAGCCACAGUAUCUUAAUGCAAUUCAGACUAUGUGUCCACAUAUUCUCCGCUAUUUGACUACUGCAGUCAUAACAAACAAAGAUGUUCGAAAACGAAGACAGGUAUUAAAAGACCUAGUCAAAGUUAUUCAGCAGGAGUCCUACACAUACAAAGAUCCUAUAACAGAGUUUGUUGAAUGCUUGUAUGUUAACUUUGACUUUGAUGGUGCCCAGAAAAAAUUAAGAGAAUGUGAAUCGGUUCUUGUAAAUGACUUUUUCCUGGUGGCUUGCCUUGAGGAUUUCAUUGAAAAUGCUCGACUGUUCAUAUUUGAGACUUUCUGUCGCAUUCAUCAGUGUAUCAGCAUAAGCAUGUUGGCAGAUAAGUUGAACAUGACUCCUGAAGAAGCUGAAAGGUGGAUUGUCAAUUUGAUUAGAAAUGCCAGGCUUGAUGCCAAGAUUGACUCCAAAUUGGGCCAUGUGGUUAUGGGUAACAACGCAGUCUCACCCUAUCAGCAAGUGAUUGAAAAGACUAAAAGCCUUUCUUUUCGAAGCCAGAUGCUGGCCAUGAAUAUUGAGAAAAAACUUAAUCAGAAUAGUAGGUCAGAGGCUCCUAACUGGGCUACUCAAGACUCUGGUUUCUACUAAAAUACUUUGGAAGAGAAACAUAUUGAAAAAUUCCCACUUAAAUAAACAUAUUAUACAAAAUAUUUAGUUCUAGAAACUGAAAUGUUGUGAAUUUGAAUAAAAUUGGCUAUGUUUCAUUUUAUAUUA